CUAAACCCUCCCAGUCCAAACUCAGCUCUCACUGCGCUGUUCCCUGAGAACCUGGAGUGAGCCCCUUCCCAGUCCCGGGAGGCCGCCGCGCUAGCUGCGCGGACUGAGCCUUUUCCCGACUCCAGACCGGCUCUGGACGUGAGAUCCCAGCCGCCUCUGGGGAGGAGAGACGGGGGUCCUGCCGCACCUUCCAAAGGAGGGUACCUUGGUCACCACGGCUGUCACAUUUCACAGACCUCACCGCAUCUCUCCUCCUAUCUCCAAGGACCAUGACCUCAGAGAUCCCCAGAAAGGGCCUUCUGAUGCUGCUGGUGGCCUUGGGCCUAACCAAGGGAGGUGUGGUAAAGGCCUCCAGGGAUCGACUGGUGAACUGCACUUGUGAGAGCCCACACUGCAAGAAACCAACCUGCCAGGGUGCAUGGUGCACAGUGGUGCUGGUCCGCGAACAGGGAGGGCACCCGCAGGUCUCUCGGGGCUGCGGGAACAUAAACGAGGAACUCUGUUUGGGACGCCCGACAGAGUCUUUCAAUCACCACUGCUGCUAUCGAUCCUUCUGCAACCACAAUGUGUCCUUGGAGCUGGAGGCCACCCAAACUCCUUCGGAGGAGCCAAAAGAUCCCUACCUGCUUUUGAUCUUGGGUCCCGUGCUGGCCUUGCUAGUCCUGGUGGCCUUGGGUGCUCUGGGCUUGUGGCACGUCCGGCGAAGGCAGGAGAAGCAGCAGGGUCUGCACAGUGACCUGGGCGAGUCCAGCCUCAUCCUGAAGGCGUCCGAACAGGGAGACAGCAUGUUGGGGGACUUCCUGGACAGCGACUGCACCACGGGCAGUGGCUCGGGACUCCCCUUCCUGGUGCAGAGGACAGUAGCCCGGCAGGUCGCACUGGUGGAGUGUGUGGGAAAGGGCCGAUAUGGCGAGGUGUGGCGGGGUUCAUGGCACGGCGAGAGUGUGGCGGUCAAGAUCUUCUCCUCACGGGAUGAACAGUCCUGGUUCCGGGAGACAGAGAUCUACAACACAGUUCUGCUUAGGCACGACAACAUCCUAGGCUUCAUCGCCUCUGACAUGACCUCACGCAAUUCGAGCACACAGCUGUGGCUCAUCACCCACUACCACGAGCACGGCUCCCUCUAUGACUUUCUGCAGAGGCAGACGCUGGAGCCCCAGUUGGCCCUGAGGCUAGCCGUGUCUGCGGCCUGUGGCCUGGCACACCUGCACGUAGAGAUCUUUGGCACUCAAGGCAAACCAGCCAUCGCCCAUCGUGACCUCAAGAGCCGCAAUGUGCUGGUCAAGAGCAACUUGCAAUGUUGCAUUGCAGACCUGGGACUGGCUGUGAUGCACUCCCAGGGUAGUGACUACCUGGACAUUGGCAACAACCCCCGAGUGGGGACCAAGAGGUACAUGGCACCUGAGGUGCUGGAUGAACAGAUCCGAACAGACUGCUUUGAGUCAUACAAGUGGACGGACGUUUGGGCCUUUGGCCUAGUGCUGUGGGAGAUCGCCCGGCGGACCAUCAUCAAUGGCAUUGUGGAGGAUUACAGGCCACCCUUCUAUGACAUGGUACCUAAUGACCCCAGCUUUGAAGACAUGAAAAAGGUGGUGUGUGUUGACCAGCAGACCCCCACCAUUCCUAACCGGCUGGCUGCAGAUCCGGUCCUCUCCGGGCUGGCCCAGAUGAUGCGGGAAUGCUGGUACCCCAACCCCUCUGCUCGCCUCACCGCGCUACGCAUCAAGAAGACUUUACAGAAGCUCAGCCACAACCCAGAGAAGCCCAAAGUGAUUCACUAGCCUAGGGUCGCUGGACUCCUUCACCUGAAGCGUGUGGUGGGGCAGAAGAUGAACCCUAUCUGGGUAGAGGUAGUGCAAGUGUGCACGCUGCCCUGUGUGUGCCUGCCCAGCUUGGCCCCCAGCCCAUCCAGUCAAAAAUACAACUGGGCUGAAAUCCGAUCUGCCUCUGUCUGGCCUGCUCAAAGUGGCGGGCUCUCUGACGCCUGGCUGGACUUCCCAUCCCCAAAGUCAGCAGGGUACACCCCUGCCACUCCCAGGGCAGGGUAGCCAAGCCAGAGAACCCCGGGCUCAAAUCCUGGGCUUGCAAUCUCUCCUACCCUUGGUCAGCCUUACUGCCCCACCGGAGCUGCCAGGAUGGCACAGAGCCCUGUCCAGCUUCAGCAGACACUCCAUCGUGACAGGGCCCAGCGGAAGAGACGCAACGGCCUCAGUUUCUCACUGUGGGUUUUUAUCACUUCAAUGAUGCCUUUCCUGACUAGACUAGUGAAUGCCAGUCUCUCAGGUGAGGUGGCGCCUGAUCCUGCCACCCUCUGUCCCCUUACCAUCCCAGCUGACUUGUGAGGGUAUCAAAAUCCAAGGGUCUUCUGAGGAGAAGGAAGAUCGAAAUUGGUGGAGGAGAGCCAGCAUUGCUCUGUUCAAUAGGAGAGGGACCUGGCUGUCUUAAGAUCUUAGAUUUGGCCCGGGUGUUCUUUGAGGCGUCUCUGACCCCGAUUUUCCUGAAGCUCAGCAUGCAUGAAAGCUCAGUCCAUCACUCACCAACUGCUCCUGUGUCCCUCCCCAGUCGUUUGCCUCAAGCUGGGGUUUGUAAUAACUCUGGGUCCAGGACAACCUAAGGCAUCUCCUAGUCCGCUCUCCAAACCCCAGUUCUUUCCUGCAGCUGUGGCCACCCUGGGACUCAGGCAGCACCGGACCCUCUGACUCCCUCUGUGGCUUGGCCUUCUUUGUCCCAGGGCUCAGGAGUGGUUUCCAAGACUGAAAAGAAAUUUGUCUCCUGUCAAGAAGCCUCCGGUUACCAGGGUUCUGCUCCCUCCUGGCCUUGACUCCAGGCCCCAGAAAGUGUACCUCAGGAGAACUUAGCCUAGAACAACACCAAAAGCUUGGCAUUUAGAAAUGGAGGGGUAUACACUCAUGUGCUGACGAGGGCAACUGAAGCCUGGGCGGCCAGACUGAAGAGAAGUGGCUUACAGCAAGGCUUAAGGAGGGGAGGGUGGGGCUCAGGCAAGAGGCAAGAUCAUCCUCAAUCUUAGGAAGACCUGGCCUAGCUGGCCUACACACGCACACACACACACACACACUCCCCACGAGUGUCUCUGUUGUAUGUCCUCCCAUCGCCGUUUUUCUCAAGCCUGCCUCAGCAAUGAACAAGGACCAAGGAGAACCAGGAAGUGAAACUAUAUGAAAACAGAAAGUAGACCAGCGUUUCCCAGACCAGUGGGGCACAGUGGAUGAUUCUCUGGUGACGGCAGCCAGGGAAUCGCGUUCCUGACUGAAGGAUUUUAUUUCUACCGGACUUGGGAACAAACUCCUCCUUGGACUCCACAGCCAGAAACUGAAGACAGCAGCUCUUCCAGGGCUAGGAAAUCCUAAGCGGAGAGCAGCUGAAGGAGGGUUUGAGUGACGGGGGCAUAGAAAAGUAAGGGGCUCUCUAGAGACAGCUAAAUCCAAAUGCUUCUAAGAGCAGAUGUACGGAUGGAACCUACCUUUCUGUACUUAAAGAUACCGUUUAUGGGAGCAUUUAGCUGGUGGCAUGCAUGUAGUAGGGCCUGAAUAAAACUUAGUUGCCUCCUGA